GGGGAGAGUUCAGAGAGAGAAAGCUUCGACCAGCUCAUUUGCAAGCAGAGAGAGAGAGAGAGAGGGAAGGCGCCGCGUGCGUUUGUUUGCUUUUGCUCAUAAGAAACACCGCAGCGGAGAUCAGAGCUCGAAACUGUUCCCUUCCGUCGCAUAUAUUAUAUACAAUAUAUAUAUAUAUAUAUAUAUAUUGGAGGCUUUACGAGCUGCCUGCUCUCUUCCCUCUUCUCUGUUCUUAAAAGCCAUCUCUCUCGCCCCGCCACCAACCCCCGCCACCUCCCUCCCUCGUCGUCCCCGCUAGGGUUUCCCCGAGCACCGUGAGCGAUAGAGCAGGUCGGAAAUGGCUCUUUCCUCCGUCAUCAGAUCCGCCCCGGCCGUGUCUUCCCCUCUCCUUCGCUCCUCCUCCCCCGCCGACGCCUCCCUUCCCUCCUCUGCCCGAUUCAAGGUGCCAUCUGCUAACGUUACCGUUUCAAAUCUUCAGUCUUCAUUUUUCGGGGCUACUAUCUCAACAGGAUCAGUUUCCUUACAGACAAGCAAUAGGAAGAGCCUAGAACCUAUCAGGGCAACAGCGACUGAAGUACCUCCUGUGAUUCCCAAAUCACGAAGCAGCAGCAGUAUUAAGGUUGGAAUCAAUGGCUUUGGUCGAAUUGGAAGGUUGGUAUUGAGAAUAGCAAGCUCCAGAGAUGACAUUGAUGUCGUAGCUGUCAACGAUCCUUUUAUUGAUGCCAAAUACAUGGCUUACAUGUUCAAAUACGACUCCACCCAUGGUGUUUUUGAUGGAACCAUCAACGUUGUAGAUGAUUCCACAUUGGAAAUUAAUGGGAAGACAGUUAAAGUUGAAAAAAAAAGAAACCCAGAAGAUAUACCAUGGGGUUACCAUGGGGCUGAGUACGUUGUUGAAUCGUCUGGAGUUUUCACAACACUGGGGAAGGCCUCAGCACACUUGAAGGCUGGUGCCAGAAAAGUGGUAAUAUCAGCACCUUCUGCCGACGCACCUAUGUUUGUGGUUGGUGUAAAUGAAAAGACAUACAACUCGAGCAUGGAUAUUGUUUCCAAUGCUAGCUGCACCACCAAUUGCCUUGCUCCUAUUGCUAAGGUUGUGCAUGAGGAAUUUGGUAUUGUCGAAGGUUUAAUGACAACUGUUCAUGCAACUACUGCUACCCAAAAAACUGUCGAUGGCCCUUCCAUGAAAGAUUGGCGUGGGGGUCGUGGAGCUGCUCAGAACAUCAUCCCCAGUUCAACUGGUGCUGCCAAGGCCGUUGGAAAAGUUCUUCCUGAAUUAAAUGGAAAACUCACCGGGAUGGCUUUCCGAGUUCCAACGCCCAAUGUCUCUGUUGUAGAUUUAACUUGCCGACUUGAGAAGAGUGCUUCCUAUGAGGAUGUGAAGGCAGCCAUUAAGUAUGCAUCUGAAGGACCACUUAGAGGCAUUCUAGGAUACACGGACGAGGAUGUCGUCUCGAAUGAUUUUGUUGGGGACUCAAGGUCAAGCAUAUUUGACGCCAAGGCCGGGAUUGGUUUGAACACCUCCUUCAUGAAGCUUGUUUCUUGGUACGACAACGAAUGGGGAUACAGCAACCGAGUGCUGGACUUGAUAGAGCACAUGGCUUUGGUGGCAUCCCACAAAUGAGCCGACGAGACCAUGAAGUAGUCCAGUAGACGUGCAAAUUUCUAUUGGCAUGCUUGAUCGAGUUUUUGAGGAGCGGUUUUUUACCAAAUGGAAUCGGGCUUUCUUGGUGCCAUUUUAUAAUAAUAAUAAUGAUGUUAAAUCUUACAGGCUCGUACCCUUCAUUUUCGGGACGGCAUUUGAAUUGCAUGAUCAGCCAAACUUUGUUUGAAUUUUAGUAUUGAUAUUGUGAUCUUAUAUCAGCUCGGUUGCAAUUGACCGUGAAAGAUAUAUAUAGUGUUGAAAUUCUAUUUAAGCAUGCAAUUUCCGGAC